GAUCCGCCGGAGAGGCCAAAGAGAUACAAGAACAAGAACAAUGAGAAAAUGGAAAUGAAAAGCUUUCAACUAUGGAGUGAUUCUGGUGAAGAAUGCCCUAAUGGAACUAUUCCAAUUAGAAGAACAAAAGAGGAAGAUGUUCUAAGAGCAAGUUCCAUUAGAAGAUUUGGAAGGAAACCAAGACAUGUAAGGAGAGACUCAACCGGUAACGGCCACGAGCAUGCAGUUGUUUUUGUGAAUGGAGAUCAAUAUUAUGGAGCAAAAGCAAACAUAAAUGUAUGGACACCAAGAGUUACAGAUCAAUAUGAAUUCAGUUUGUCACAGAUUUGGGUUAUUGCUGGCUCCUUUGGUUUUGAUCUUAAUACUAUAGAAGCUGGUUGGCAGGUAAGUCCAGAAUUAUAUGGAGACAGCAACCCUAGGUUCUUCACUUAUUGGACAACAGAUGCAUAUCAAGCAACUGGGUGCUACAAUUUGCUGUGUUCUGGAUUUAUCCAAACUAACAAUAGGAUAGCAAUAGGUGCAGCAAUCUCACCAAGAUCUACAUAUAAUAGCAAACAAUUUGAUAUUGGCCUAAUGGUUUGGAAGGAUCCAAGACAUGGACACUGGUGGCUGGAAUUUGGUUCAGGAUUAUUAGUUGGUUACUGGCCAGCAACCAUGUUUAGCCACUUAAGAAGCCAUGCAAGCAUGGUUCAAUUUGGUGGAGAAAUUGUGAACUCUCGUUCAAGGGGUUACCACACUGGAACUCAGAUGGGGAGUGGCCACUUUGCUGGUGAAGGUUUUAGAAAAGCAGCAUAUUUUAGGAACUUGCAAAUUGUUGAUUGGGACAACAACUUGCUACCUCUCUCAAACAUUCACCAAUUAGCAGAUCAUUCUAAUUGCUAUGACAUUAGGCAAGGAAGCAACAAUGUUUGGGGACAUUACUUUUACUAUGGAGGUCCCGGACGAAAUGUCCGAUGUCCUUAAAACAUAUACAAAUGUCGAAUUUAUAUGCAUUCACAUCGCAUUUGGUAACUGUCCUGUGACAUAAUACGUAGACGUUGAAACAGUAAAGAUAGAGAAAAAGAUGGAGACUCAUAUACAGUUGUCUUCAUGUAAAGUCGAUAAUUGAAAAUCGUCAAAUGAAAAUUUAGUAUCAAUCUCACACGAAGACAACUGUAUAUGAGUUUUUCUUCCUAGAGAAAAUUUGUUCUUUUCUUAAAUAUGCGUAUUUCACAAUGCUUCUGUAUUAUCGCUUUGAGACCGUCGCUAAACGUAGGCUUAUAUGAUAAAAUAACUUUACACUAUCAAAUUAUAAUGGUUUGUUGCAAAUUCUGUAGAUUAAUUGAUAGUGUAAAAUUAUUUUUGAUGGUUUCUCUAUGUGUGUGUGUUUGUUUCUUUUUUUUUCUUUUUGUCUCACUUUCUAGGGUUUUACUUUUUUCAUGGCAUGCUUCACAUGCUUUAGUGAUAAUCUAUAGAGUAAUUUGUUUUGUUUGUAUUCUUGACUAACAAUUUAAUUAGUGACAGUUCAAGUUUGAUUUUUCCAA